UGUCACAGUUUGACAAAUCAUAAAUAUGAGUAAAAUCACGAGCAAUUCCGAACGACAAAAGCGAAAAGCAUGUGAAUUAUCCGAAGACAGUUUCAGCAGCGAUAUGGAUACGCCACAAGCAAAAAAGCCGUACAGAAAACGAAUGCGAUCCCCGUCGCCUAGUCCAAAACCGUUGCGAACUAAGAGGAAGGGAAAAUGUCCAAUCUGCCUGGGAAAAUUUAAACGACAACGUUUGGCCAUCCCCGAUUCAUGCUAUUUCCAUACGUUUUGUCUGGAUUGUCUGGAAACGUGGUCGAAAACCAAAAACAUCUGUCCCGUUGAUCGCCGCGUGUUCACGUCCAUUUUGAAACUGGAUAAGGCGGGAGAUAAGGUGUCCAAACAGAUUGCAGUUAAUUCAAAUCGCUUUAGAAACAGUCAACGAUUUAGCGGAGUCCACUGUGAAAUCUGUGAUCAGUGCGACAACAGAAACAUGAUGUUGAUAUGCGACGCAUGCCGUCUAAAUUAUCAUUCUUAUUGCCUCAUUACACCUCCAGACGAAACUCUCAUUGGAUCAUGGUUUUGCGAAGACUGCCGGCAAUUCUAUACGUAUUAGAGAGAGAAAGUGUUUUAAAUUUCCGUACGUCACAAAGAGUGAUACAAGUUUAUUGUAUGAGUUAAUAAAAAGUACA